GGGACGUCACGUCGUCCAUUCCGAACCCUGCCUCUGCCAACUUGAACUUGCAGUUGAACAGAAAUCCUUGUCCUCCUCCCUCCUUCAUUCUAUAAUUUCUUGAAUACCCUAUCGGUCCAAAUUUAAAAUGUCGGGUGACUAUCCGAGCCUUCUCCGCUCGGAGGAGAUGAGCUUGGUCCAGCUUUUCGUUCCAACCGAAGUAGCACACGAUACCGUUGCAGAACUAGGAGAACUCGGAAAUGUUCAAUUUAAGGAUCUCAAUCCCACAAUCAACCCUUUCCAACGUUCUUUUGUUGGAGAGAUUCGUCGAAUAGAUGAAAUGGCCAGAAGGGUUCGGUUUUUCUCCAAUCAAAUCACGCAAGAGAAGGAUGUCGUUCCUGUCCGGCCCCUAUACGAAUGCGCACCUCUAAUCACCGUAGGGCCUCGUGCAGCUCAGACCAUAGACGAAUUAGAUGUAACUCUCGCCGAACAUGAGUCAAGGCUUAUCAAGAUGAAUGAAAGUUAUCAGAAGCUUAGCGAGAGGACGAGGGAGCUCGUUGAGGCGCGACAUGUGUUACGAGAGACCGCCGUGUUUUUCGACAGGGCUCAAGGCCAACAGCCUGUAAUCAGGAAUUCAUUCGACGAUAGCUCUGCCCCUUUGCUUCAACACGAGGAUCGCGAAAAUCAGUAUUCUUCUGCCAGUGUUCAAUUUGACCUUGAGUUUGUCACUGGCGUUAUUGACCGCGCACGAGUCCCGACGUUUGAACGUGUCCUUUGGCGUGUCCUCCGAGGCAACCUUUACAUGAACCACACUGAUAUUGUCGAGCCGUUUGUUGAUCCUGUCACUGGUUCCGAAACUCGCAAGAAUGUCUUCAUUAUCUUUGCCCAUGGGGAUGCUCUUCUCGCGAAGAUUCGCAAAGUAUCGGAGUCGAUGGGUGCCACUUUGUACCCUAUUGACGCUAAUGCUGACAAACGUUCGGACUCCCUGCGAGAGGUCACUGGCCGUCUCGAGGAUCUACAAACAGUGCUCUACAACACCGGCGUCAAUCGGCGCACUGAGCUGAUGAAGGUUGGGGACAACUUGAGGAGCUGGCAGGAUGUUGUGAGGAAAGAAAAGAUGAUCUAUGAAACGCUCAACCUAUUCAAUUACGACGUGAGGAGGAAGACACUCAUUGCUGAGGGUUGGGUUCCUACUCGGGAUAUCGCCAUGAUUCAGUCGGCUCUUCGGCACGCUACAGAAGAGUCCGGGACCAGUGUACCGCCUAUCUUGCAUGAACUGCGCACACACAAGACUCCUCCUACCUUCAAUAGGACCAACAAAUUUACAGAAGGUUUCCAGACCAUCAUGGAUAGUUAUGGUAUCGCUCGUUAUCAGGAAAUCAAUCCUGGGCUGUUUGCAGUCGUUACCUUCCCGUUCUUGUUCUCCGUUAUGUUCGGUGAUAUUGGACAUGGUUUCAUCAUCUUCCUAUUUGCUUUGCGCAUGAUCCUAGGCGAACGAAAACUUGCUAAACAGGAUCUUGGGGAGAUUGUCGGCCAAUUCUUCUAUGGUCGUUAUAUCAUUCUUCUGAUGGGGGCCUUCUCUGUCUACUCCGGAUUCUUGUAUAACGACAUCUUCUCCAAGACACUGAGCCUAUUCAGUAGUGGAUGGACUUUUCAUGAGCGAGGCGAAAAACUUAUUGGUGAGUCGAACGGGUAUGUUUAUCCAUUUGGUUUGGAUCACGGUUGGUACGGGGCCGACAACCGCCUGGUGUUCUUGAACUCCUACAAGAUGAAGAUGUCUAUUGUGUUGGGCGUUGUUCACAUGACAUUUGCAUUGUGUUUGCAAGUACCCAACCAUAUCAGGUUCAAGAGGCGACUUGAUAUCUACACCAACUUCAUUCCCCAAAUGGUUUUCCUCCAGUCCAUAUUCGGAUACCUGGUUUUGUGUAUUUUAUACAAGUGGUCGGUGGAUUGGACCAGAUCUUCUACGGCACCACCAUCCCUGUUGAACAUGCUCAUCUCUAUGUUCUUGUCACCCGGAACAGUCGACUCAGAUUUGCAAUUGUAUCGUGGACAAGCAUUCGUGCAGGUUGUUUUGUUACUCUUGGCGGCGAUCUGCGUUCCAAUUCUGUUGAUUGCGAAGCCUUAUUUCAUUUGGAAGGAAAUGAAACAAAUUCAGGGUCAAGGUUAUGUUAGCAUUGGACAAGGUGACGGCCCUCGCGGGAGUAGCGAUGAGCACCUUGAAGGAGAGGAGGAGGGAAAUGGGCGUGCGAUCGCGGAGGAUGCCGAGGAAGAACAUGAACAUCAUGAUUUCGGCGAAGUUGCGAUUCAUCAAGUAAUUCAUACGAUUGAAUUCUGCCUCGGUUGCAUCUCGCAUACUGCUUCAUAUCUUCGGUUGUGGGCAUUGUCUCUUGCACAUGCUCAGCUGUCAGAAGUGUUAUGGGAAAUGACUAUUGAGGAAUUUCUGUCGCCUGCUGGUGUUGGCGGGUGGAUCGCAUUAAUCAUUAUGGGACUGUUUUGGUUCGGCGCGACUGUGGGCAUCCUGUGUAUCAUGGAGGGUUUAUCCGCAUUCCUCCAUGCUCUCCGACUUCACUGGGUUGAAGGAAACAGCAAGCACUUUGAGGGCGGUGGUUAUGCCUUCACUCCGCUCACUUUCGCUAAUCCAGAAGCGGAUAAAGAGUAAUGGCGAAACGUAUGAUUAAACCUCUUUUACACCUCCACAUUUGUAGUUACGUCUGGGGUAAUUAUUGUCUUUAUGCCCCGUAGCUGUAAUAGGCCGAAGAGGCCGAGAAGUGAUUGUUACGGUCGGAGCGGAGCUUGGGAAUCAGAUUGACAUAAUCCCGGCAAAUAUGUAAGAACC